ACAGUAAUUAUUAUAAGCAAUUAUACACCUGCACACGAUUUAAACUAGAAAUAAAUUAAUAUUGUUCACUGCGAACAUUACGGUUUUUAUGCACCUACAAAUCCUUACUGUUUAUGCAAGACGCGGGUUGUUUUGUGCUUCGUGCUGUGAAUGAAAGGCGACAUACGGCCUACUUUUUAUAAUUGACGGAUGAUUAUGGCGGCACUAAAUUGCAGAAUGUCGCUUAUCCUGAAUAAAAUACUCACGAAGCCGAGUGCUGUAUUUGUGCAUUCUGUGUGGUUAACAAAGAGGACAGAUAGAUUUUUAUCCUGUUUUGGAACUAACAAUCAGCUCCACCGUGAGAAGGGUAACGUUUCGUACAGAAAUGUAAUGACCGGGAAAGUGGACAGGUUCGGUGGAAUCACUGUGCACCUCGACGAACGAGACUUUUCACCGGACGUCAGUGAACGUACCUUCAGUUUUCAACUGCGAGACUCUCUCAGCCAAUGGAGGGCGGAGGGUCGUGUCGCGGUGUGGCUGCACGUGCCCAUCGCCCAGAGCCGCUACAUUGCCAUGGCUGCUGAGCACGGCUUCACCUUCCACCAUGCGCGGCAGGACCGGUCCACCCUCUGCCUGUGGCUCUCGGAGGGCAAGAGCAGACUGCCCGCGUUCGCCACACACCAGGUCGGAGUCGCAGGCGCGGUCCUCGAUGAGUCAAGCAGAAAAGUUCUGGUCGUACAAGACAAAAACAAGACAAAAAAUGCAUGGAAGUUCCCUGGCGGUCUCUCAGACCCAGGAGAAAAUAUUGGUGACACAGCAGUCCGCGAGGUGUUGGAGGAGACAGGGGUGCAGGCGGAAUUUCAGUCCCUCCUGAGCAUCAGGCAACAGCACAACCACCCCGGAGCGUUCGGAAUGUCCGACAUGUACUUGAUCUGCCGCCUGCGGCCACUGACGUUCCACAUAGACUUCUGCACCCAGGAGUGCCUGCGCUGUGAGUGGCUCCCCUUGGAGGAGCUGGCACACACCGACGCCACCACGCCCAUCACCAGCCGUGUCGCCAGGCUCCUCCUGUACGGCUUGCACCACGGCUUCCACCACAUCGACCUGCCUGUGGAGCAGCUACCCGCUGUCUACUCUGGAAUGUUCUACCAGCUCUACCACAGGGCACUGCCCGUGACUGCGGCCUGACUCAGGGACGUGCGAUGAGAGCUUUCUCAGGAUUUCACGCCCCACUUCUUCAUUUUUUACUUAGCCCCAAUUGUUUAUUUGGCCUUCUGUAAUUUUUCCAUAAACUUGUGAGCCAAUGUAUAUCCUCAGGUAAAAACAGUUUUACUGUGUAAUCCUGUUUAGGAAUUUAAGACAGGAUAAUUGAUCUGAAGAAAAAGCAGUAUGGACACACUCUCAACUCUAAAACGGGUCGAGAUGUGCCCCCCUCCCCUCAGCUCUCUAAUGCGCUGUGGUGGCCUCAUCCCCACACAAAACUCCCCAACUCAAUAGUGACAGAAAUAUCUUUCUCUACCACCAUGGCAAUGCAUUAAUUAAACAUAUUGUUAGCUAUGUGGAGGCUGGAUGGUGGUGGGGGGAGAGCAGGCGAUGAUCAUCUCUGUGAGGAGUGUUUGCCUGAUUAAGGCGAUAUCACAAACCCCUUUCCCCGUUUCCCACACCAGCCCUUUCUGUUCCCUGCAGGCUUAAAGGGGCUGGUCUGUAGGGGUCUGGCUGCUGGAAGCUUGCAGUCUCAGACCUGUUAAUAUACUGUGCUGUACAUCAGUGUCUUGGGGGUAUUUAUGAGUGCUGUGCUCCUCUACAGCUGUGUGAGAGCACCGGAUGCCAUGAUGCCAUUCAUGGAGAUGGUUUCUCGAGUAGAGAUGCAUACAGGAAAUGAUAAUCUUUUAAUGUGAAUGGUUGGACUUUUAAAUUACGACAGCACAAGUUAGAAGGACUUCAGUAGAGGUGCAGAUGGUAUAAGUAUCAUGGAGUUGGGUUUGAGCAUAUAACCUGUGUUUGGACUGUAACCAACGAAACGCUGGCAAUUAAAUAAAGACUUUGGAUCAACCAGCCAACAACUAAA